GAACGCCAACCCAAAAGGAGCAACCACCGGCACACUCUCCCCUUCGUUGCAUCUUCCCCGUGCAUUCCCCUUCCUCCUGAGAUAUGCCUCUUUAAAUAUAUAAUACUCUGACUGCGUCCCCUCCUCUUCCGUUGGACAUCCUUCCCACUAUCUCAACACUCAGACCCAAAACCCAGACGUGUUUUCUUACCAUGUAUUAAGGGGAUCAGAUCCAGCGCGUUAAGGAGAAGCCAACGAAACAGCGAUGUGGCUGGGGCGGUGUGUCGGUGAGCGCCGCGUCUGGCAUCUCCGGCGGGCGCUCCGCAGCGCCAAGCUCACCCUCCUCUGCCUCGCCCUCACUGUCCUCGUCCUCCGCGGCACCGUCGGCGCCGGCCGGUUCGGCACUCCCGAGCAGGACUUCAACCAGAUCCGCCUCCGCCUCCGCCGCCCCCUCGUCGAGACCACCAUCUCCUCCUCCAAUUCUCUGGAUGACAGCGAGGAGGACCCCCCUCGCGACCCCUCGCAACCCUACUCGUUGGGCCCCAGGAUCUCCGACUGGGACGAGCAGCGCGCCGACUGGCUCCGCCGGCAUCCCGAGCGGCCCAGCUUCCUCGGGCCAAACAAGCCCCGGGUGCUCCUGGUGACGGGCUCCUCCCCCAAGCCCUGUGAGAACCCCGUGGGCGACCACUAUCUCCUCAAGUCCAUCAAGAACAAGAUCGACUACUGCCGCGUCCACGGCAUUGAGAUCUUCUACAACAUGGCCCUGCUCGACGCCGAGAUGGCUGGAUUCUGGGCCAAGCUGCCUCUGAUCCGAUCCCUUCUGCUCGCGCACCCGGAGGUGGAGUUCUUGUGGUGGAUGGACAGCGAUGCCAUGUUCACCGACAUGGCCUUCGAGCUACCCUGGGAGCGCUACGCCCCCUACAACCUGGUCAUGCACGGAUGGAACGAGAUGGUGUACGACGACCACAACUGGAUCGGCCUCAACACCGGCAGCUUCCUCCUCCGCAACUGCCAGUGGUCGCUCGACCUCCUCGACGCCUGGGCGCCGAUGGGCCCCAAGGGCAAGACCCGCACCGAGGCAGGCAAGGUACUCACCGCCUUCCUCAAGGACCGCCCCGUCUUCGAGGCUGACGACCAAUCCGCCAUGGUCUACCUCCUCGCGACCCAGCGCGACCGGUGGGGCGACAAGGUCUACCUCGAGAGCGCCUACUACCUCCACGGCUACUGGGGAAUCCUCGUCGAUCGCUACGAGGAGAUGAUCGAGAACCACCACCCGGGGCUCGGGGAUCACCGAUGGCCCCUCGUCACCCACUUCGUUGGCUGCAAGCCCUGCGGGAAGUUUGGGGACUACCCGGUGGAACGGUGCCUAAAGCAGAUGGACCGCGCCUUUAACUUUGGGGACAAUCAGAUCUUGCAGAUAUACGGGUUCACCCACAAAUCACUAGCUAGCCGGAGGGUGAAGAGGAUAAGGAAUGAGACCAGCAACCCUCUCGAUGUGAAGGACGAGCUCGGGUUGCUACAUCCAGUGUUCAAGGCCACCAAGGUCAUCGAUGCUGCAUAUUGACUGCAUCUCUUCCUGUCUUUCUAUAUCUAGCAAAGGUAAUAAUCAACUGUGUUCAAAAUCGCGGAAGUAAGAUUGAAGAAUAUUGUUUCUCAUUGACUGUGUCAAUUUUACAUCCUUCAUGGAAAGGAAUCCAGAUUGCAACAACAAAUGUCAUCUUCAGUUUGAAAAGUCUCCUGCAGGCCAACAUGAUAUAAAAGCAUGAUGCCAGUGGGAGAAGUUUUGUUGUCCUCAGGCAAAAUCCCUUUCAGAACUGAGUUGCUGACAGAUUUGGAGGUUUGACUACCAUCAUAGAUAGCCCCAGAUCAAAGUCACGCACAAGCAGCUAAUUUUCUAGUGUGAUCCUCUACACCUACACCUGAACUGCAACAAGGACUUUUCAUAUCAUGCUUAUGUUAAAUAGGUGACACUAAGCAGCCAGUCAGUCCAUCAUGAAGAAAUACCAGUACAUCAUAAAAAUGCAAAGAAUAAACAUGGCAGGAGCUUCGAGAGACAGAGUAUGCAGACAAAGCUGCAUCAGAACCUAAAGCAGAAGCUCCUACUCCUUGGAUAGUUGUGUUUCCUGAUCUCAUAAAUGGGGGACUCACAGCCUGCACCUCUGCCACACUGGUCUCGAGCUUGCCAAUGGCUGCUGCUCAUUGGCUUCUCCAGGGUGGCUUCUCUGGAGUGAGGAUAGCCCGGGGAUGACAGCAGUUGUUCAUAUGGACUGAAGACUGGGGACUCUUUCCAGUAUGAUUGGUUGGCUCUCAUGCAACUCUCUAUCACUUCACAUUCCUCUCUAAAUCUCUUCUGCAUCUGUCUCAAGUUGUUCAUCACUUUAUAUGAACUUGCUUGUCCUGUGGACUGCCAGCAUCUCUGCCUGUGAACAUGCUCCUUGCUCCGAGAUCUCCUGUAGCAUUCCUUGCACAAGUUGCUCCACCUCUGGGAAUUGAAGGCAUUCCUUUUGGCUUUGUCAGAAAGACAUUCAUAUGCCUGCAGCAAAUAGUUUGUGCGCUCCAUUGAGACUCGAGAAAGGGCAAUGCAAGUGCUUUAUGUUAUGUGCAUCUGCAAAUGCAAAUAGUUUUGUGUGCUCCA